AUGAUGUCGGGAUCCAUCGCGAUUGCGGCACCGCGCAUCGCGCCGUCGGCGAGCCGUCUCGACCGCAACCGACGGCAGGCCCCACUCGCCGCGCGCCCCGUCGUUAUUUGUCAGAUUUAUUCUGACUCGUCAUCACGCGACGUGACGUCACGUGCGCUCAACGGCCGUCGGCUCCGAUGGGUGAGCGUCCGGACAACGCCCGUCUCGAACGCUAAAUCUCGAAGCGAAAGCGUCCGCAUCGGAUCCGCCUCCAUUCCCAUAGGCGGCACCUCUCCGUCAGACGCGGACGCGUCCGGCGGGGAUCCCUUCGCGGGAGAUUUGGCCGAAGACGUGGGCACGCCCCCACCCAGGGAGGACGGCAGCGGCAACUCGACCCUGGAGGACAUCGCCCCCGAACCCAAGUCGAAGUUCCUUCGAUCCAUCGGCAUCACGAACGGCGUCCUCGGAGUGUCGCAGGACAGGGUGGAGAUGGUCGCCAAACAGGCGCUCCCGGUCAUGGGCGGCAUGGCUUCGCAGAACGUCUUGAACCUCGCCGACAGCGCCAUGGUCGGCAGGCUCGGAACCGCGUGCGUCGCCGCGGUGGGGAUAAGCAGCACGCUGAACUUUCAGUGCCAGGCGGCGCUGCAGGGGAUAUCGUCGGGCGUGCAGGCCAUGUCCUCGCGGCGCAUCGGCGAAGGAAAAUCGUCAGUCGCCGCGGUGCCCCUGAACGCGGCGCUCAUGCUGUGCCUCCUCUUCGGGAUACCGAUGGCGACGUGGGCGUACACGAACGCGCCGAUGCUCGUGGAUAGGCUCACCGCCGACCCGGAGGUGAUCAAGCACGCGGUGCCGUACCUCCAGGCCCGGCUCGCGGCGGUGCCCGCGGUUGGCAUCAAUUUCGCGUUUCGGGGCUUUUGGAACGCCGCGCAGCAGCCGCAGAUUUACAUGAACACCCUGCUGAUAAUGCACGCGGUGAACAUCGGGCUGUCGCUCGCGCUCAUCUUCGGCGUGCCCGCGCUGGGUGUGCCCGCGAUGGGAGUGGUGGGAGCGGGCAUCGGGACGUCGUUCAGCGUGUGGGUGGGAUCAGCGCUUUACCUUCGGAUGGGUUUCCAACGCGCCAAGCACAUGGGCUUCGGCUGCUGCUUCCCCAGCGCGAACGACUUCAAGGUUCUGCUCAAGCAGGCGGCGCCCACGUCGGGCACGAACCUGCUGUUCGCCACCGGCAUGGCGGCGAUGUACUGGAUCGUCGGUCAGCUCGGCACCGCGGAGACGGCUGCGGUGAACGUGCUCAUCAACCUGAUGCUCACGCUCGUGCUGCCGUGCAUGGGGAUGGGACUCGCGGCUGGCGCGCUCAGCGGCAGGGCGCUGGGGCGAGGCGACGUGGACGACGCCACGCAGUGGCCGUGGGACGUCGCCAAGCUCACCGCGGCGCUGAUGUUCGGCGUCGGCCUCAUCGCGGUUCUCAUACCCGAGGUGCUCCUGAAGGUGUUCCUGACCAACGAGGACGCCAUACGGGUCGCCACGUGGCCGCUUCGAUUCACCGGCAUCACCGUCGCCGGCGACGCGCUGUCGCUGACGAUGCAAAACGCGCUCCUCGGAGUGGGCGACGCGGCUCGCGUGGCGAUGGUCUCCAUCGGGACGCAGUGGCUCCUGUUUCUGCCGGUGGCGUACUUUGGGGUGACGAGGUUUGGGUUCGACCUAAACUGGAUGUGGGGGCUUUACGUGGGGCAGAGGGUGUUGCAGGCGGUCAUCUACGCCGCGAUGUGGCGAGACGGAAAGUGGAGGAGGAUCAAGCUGAGUUGAAAACGAGGGGCGACGAGCGUACGCGUCGAUUGAGGAGCCCUAAAACCCGGGUCGCCGGCUCCGUCCGUGUUGUUGUAACCGUAUCUAAUCGUUUUUUUU